AUGUUGAGUCGACGGUUAGGAGCGCUGUUCGCGCAGGCGAAGGAGUCGACGGGCAUCGUCGGCCUCGAUGUUGUCCCCAACGCGCGUCAGGUGCUCAUCGGCCUCUACAACCAAACCCUAAGCGCCGUUCAGGUGAUUCCUCAGGAGGCCGUGUACAGGCAGAACGUGGAGGCGCUGACGCGGCAGCGGCUCGCGGUGUGCGAGGAGGAGCAGGAAGCGGAGCAGAUCGAAGCGCGCGUGCAAUGCGGACAGGUGGAGGAGCUGAUCGAGCAAGCUAAGGACGAGCUAGAACUGAUUCCUAAGAUGGCUGGUGAGACUCUCGUCCUGUUAGCCAUGAAGGUUGGAACCGGCUCACCUUCCCCUCUGGGCCCGUCUCUAGUGGAGAAGCGACCCAAGCUAGACGGUUACAGCAGGUUGCCUGCUCGAGGAACCGUCAACUUUGCUCUCUUCUCCAAGCAUGCUACAGCCGUGACCCUCUGCCUGUUCCUGUCCGGUAAGCAGGGCUCGCCUCCUGAUCUCGAGAUUGCCCUGGAUCCCAACAGCCAACGAACGGGCGACAUCUGGCAUGCUUCUGUGGAGAACGUGCCUCUAUGCGGUAUGCUGUAUGCUUAUAAGGUGGACGGUCCAAAGGGGUGGGGAGAAGGCCACCGAUUCGACCCUUCCCUAUUGCUGAUAGACCCCUACGCACCCCUCGUGGAUGGGAGAAGGAAAUUUGGGGAUGGGAGCCAACGGAUGGCUCAGAUGUACGGCACUUUUGACUUUGAAUCUGAGCCGUUCGAUUGGGGAGAGGCGGAAGCCAAGAGAAAGCCUAUUCCCGAGAAAGACGUGAUUAUAUACGAGAUGAACGUGCGGGCAUACACUGCAGAUCCCUCUAGUGGGGUCGAGGAGGGGAGGCGAGGAAGCUACUCAGCUGUUGCGGAUAAGGUGCAGCACCUGGUGCAGCUGGGCGUGAACGCGGUGGAGCUGCUGCCCAUCUUCGAGUACGAUGAGAUGGAGUUCCAGAGGCGCCCCAACCCCCGCGACCACAUGGUGAACACGUGGGGCUACUCCACUGUCAACUUCUUCGCCCCCAUGUCCCGCUUCGCCUCUAACGGCGGCGGUCCUGUAGCAGCAGCAAGGGAGGUGAAGGAGAUGGUGAAAAAGCUGCAUGCGGAGGGGGUGGAGGUGAUUCUAGAUGUGGUAUACAACCACACCAACGAGGCUGACGACACCUUCCCGUAUACCACCUCGUUCCGCGGCAUCGACAACAAGACAUACUACAUCGUUCAGCCGAACAGCUAUGUGCAACUGGCGAAUUAUGCUGGGUGUGGUAACACGCUCAACUGUAACCACCCGGUGGUGAUGCAGAUGAUCCUGGAUAGCCUCCGGCACUGGGUGCAGGAGUACCACGUGGAUGGGUUCCGCUUUGACCUCGCCAGUGUCCUGUGCCGAGGGACCGAUGGAGAGCCCCUCACAGCGCCUCCUCUCAUUCGGGCCAUUGCCAAGGACGAGGUGCUAUCCAAGUGCAAGCUGAUCGCAGAGCCGUGGGACUGUGGGGGACUCUACCAAGUGGGAAGCUUUCCCAACUGGGACAGGUGGGCGGAGUGGAACGGCAAGUAUCGAGACGACGUGCGCAAAUUCAUUAAGGGCGAUGAGGGCAUGAAGGGGCCGUUUGCCACUCGACUGGCUGGAUCCGCUGACAUGUACCAUGUCAAUCAGCGCAAGCCCUACCACAGCAUUAACUUUGUCAUCGCUCACGACGGUUUCACACUCAGGGACCUCGUGUCUUACAACGUCAAGCACAACGAGGCGAAUGGGGAGGAGGGGAGGGACGGCAGCAAUGACAACUUCAGCUGGAACUGCGGAGCGGAAGGUGCCAAACAGGAUGAGGGAAUCAUUGCGUUGAGAAACCGCCAAAUGAGGAACUUCCACAUCGCGCUGAUGGUCUCCCAGGGAACACCCAUGAUGCUGAUGGGGGAUGAGUACGGGCACACGCGUAACGGCAACAACAACAGUUACGGCCAUGACACCGCACUCAACCACUUCCUCUGGAACCAGUUGGACCAGGCCCGCUCGUCUCUCUUCCGCUUCACAGCAGCAGUCAACCGCCUUCGUUCCUGGCACCCAGCUCUUGGCCAAGCCAACUUCCUCUCACCC